AUGGCCUUGGCCUCGCACCAGAUUAUCAAAACCGACAGGAUCCUUAGAACCCGGGCGCUCGCAGAUCGAUCGUCGCUUCUGGUCGUCCGCAUGGGUCCCCGUGCACAGAAGCAGGCACGAGAGCUGGCAGCGGAUGUAAUUUCAGUCCUUACAAAGAAUGGCCAGCGCGUGCUGUGGAACAUGUCUCUGCCACGGUCUUCGGAGAGGAAUUGGACUAUGGGCGAUGUCUUCAAAAGCCUGCUUCAUCAAGUCCUGCGGGAUUCCGCGGCACUAUUCACACAAUUCACGGAACAACUCAACCUAGAGAAGAUCCAAGCCGCUCACACCGAUAGUGAAUGGGCCGACCUGAUCUGUCUCCUUUUCGCAAAAGUUUCCGAUACAUUUAUCGUCAUCGAGACCCAAGACUUACGCCAGGUGCCCCAGCAUGAUCCCGAAUCGGCCAAACGCUUGCUUCAGCUGCUACAGAGAGUUGCUAACCGAGCCGCUGCUGCAGGCAAUCCAUUGAAGAUUCUUCUCGUAGUAUAUGGAAACGUGCUGCAAGCCCUCACCGCCGCGUCAAAGGACAUUGACCUAGUUAUCACUUCGAUACUACCACCUCCUCCUGUACCCCCGCGCUUGCGGCACAUAGCACGUCGAGCAGGGCUCAACAUGAGGGGUUGGAAGCUUUCAGACGCCGAAAGUCUGAAUUAA